UUCCAAUAUCCAGAGGGGUUUUGAAAAGGUGAGAUUAGGCCAUGGUGCUUCUCUGACAGUUAUAAGGUGCCUGAGUUUGUGGAUGAGAAGUUCCAUGAAGUCCUCCUAGGGCACAGGUUUUCCUCGGCUCACUCUGAAGGAACAAGAAAGAGCACCAUGCUUUCCUGGAUGGAACUUCUCCUCGCUACUGUGUGUCUCCUGGUCCUGGGAGUCCACGUGUGGGUUCUCGUCGACCAUCUCCUUACUAUUGACGUGCCUCCCACCAUCACGCACCCCCUGAAGUUUCGGAUUCUGCACUAUCUCUUUCAUCUGACAAUAACAUGGGGGACUAUACUUGAGAAGAUGAACAUUUGCUCCAUGCCCUCCUUUUUCUGCUUUAUGCAAGACACCUUUGUGUCAAAGAAGAGCCUUGGUGUGUUUGUGAAGGACCUGCGUUUCGGCACAAUCCCUGUGAGGCUCUUUCAGCCCAAAGCAGCCUCCUCCAAGCCCCGGAGAGGCAUCAUCUUCUACCAUGGAGGGGGCGCCGUGUUGGGCAGCCUAGACGGUUACCAUAACCUGUGUACUUUCCUGGCUCGAGAGACAGACUCAGUGCUGCUGUCAGUGGGGUACCGAAAGCUUCCUUACUACCAUCAUCCCGCCUCUCUGUUGGAUUGCAUGAAUGCCUCCAUUCACUUCCUGAAGUCUCCGGAAGCCUAUGGGGUGGACCCCUCCCAGGUUGUGCUCUGCGGAGACAGCAUUGGGGGCGCGGCUGCAGUUAUUAUCUCCCAGACCUUGGUGGGCAGAGCAGAUCUUCCCAAGAUCCGGGCUCAGAUCCUGAUUUAUCCAGUCCUCCAGACAUUGUAUUUCCAAUCCCCAUCAAAGCUGCAGAAUGCAAAUGUUCCAUUCCUCACCAAAGACUUCAUGAUGAACUGUCUUUGUAAAUAUCUGGCCAUUGACCCCUCCUGGAAAGACGCCAUGUUGACAGGUGCCUGUAUGCCCCCAAGUGUUUGGAAGAAGUAUGAGAAAUGGCUAGGCCCUGACAACAUCCCUAAAAUGUUCAGGAGCAAAUACCAGCAACCCGAGUCACCGGCACCUUUUAAUGAGGCUGCCUAUCUAGAAACCAAACACACUCUGAAUACAGAUAUUUCUCCCCUCAUAGCAGAUGACAAAAUCAUUGCUCAGGUUCCUGAGGCAUUCAUAGUGACCCUUCAGUGGGACUUUAUCCGUGAUGAUGCUUUGCUCUACAAGAAGCGCUUGGAAGACCAAGGGGUCCCUGUGACCUGGUACCAUGUAGAUGGCUUCCAUGGCUGUGCUAUUUUUUUUGAUAAUAAGUUUUUCUCUUUCCCCUGUUCCUUGGAUGUCGUAAAUGCUGUGGUCAGUUAUAUAAAGGGCUUAUGACUGCAGCAUGAUGGGAGAACAAUUGUCUGGCAUGCACAAGACCCCACUCUAAUCCGCAGCAGGGAAGAAAGAUGAAAAAAAAAAAUCAAGGAACAAAAGAUAGGACAUAUCACAUCAUCCCUGGUGCCUUGAAUGAGAAGGGCCAAGGAGAAUUUUGCCACAACUGAGGCUAGGGCUGAGUCUUAUUUUUUUAAUCCUUUCUUUUAUUCUUUUAAUGUAUAAGAUAGUGAAUUUUGUUACAUUUCAUACACACAUAUUCUAAACUUUGCUUUUCUUUGAUGUACAUACCAUGUCUUGUUCCCCACUCCAAAUCCCCAAAUUGAUCCCUAUAUUCCCUCCUAUUUUCAAGCCAUGUAUGUAUGUCGUGUGUGUGUGUGUGUGUGUGUGUGUGUGUGUGUGUGACAUUUUUUC